GUUUUAUGUGGAAUGAUGAUUCGGCAUUCACAAGUUCAGUUCAUUUGGACCGAGAUGACAUGGCUAAAGGAUGAUGUUAUGGUCAGCAGAGAAUUGGAUGGAAGGAAUUGAUCAUCAGGCUUUGCAUUUUGCUGAAAGGAAUGAGGAACUGCUAAUGCGAUGUUCACGGAUGACUGAAUGUCGCAGAGGUUAAACCAGCAGCGAUGAGAACUAAAAUUUUAAACGGAGAAAUGGAGAAAUACUGGAAAACAUUAGUAACUAAUUUCAAAUGUAACCAAAACAUGUUAAGAAUCUCAGCAGACUCUUUGUUUCUGCUACUGCAGUUUAAUCAUAUUUUUGUGACCGUUGUGAAUAAUACCGAGUGAGUGGAGAAAUCCAUAAAGUUCAAACUAAGAAGAAAAAAGAAAACGGGGACGGGACGUCAAGUCAAGUCCUGUUUGGGCCCCCAGUUCAACGUUAAGCCUGUCCUGGCUCAAACGCUUAGAUGUGUGCGUGUGUGUGUGUGUGUGUGAGACGGAUGGCCUCCCACAGUUGCACUCAUCACUUUCUCUGAGCUUCCAGGCGCGUCAGGGUUUCAGGUUACUUGGUGGUGACCACCUGACUGCCACAGCGGCAGCCCGGCCGGCACGGUUCUUGUUCCGCGGGUCUACAAACGUCUCAGGGCCCUAACUGUUAUCGGGGAUGAUGUUUUCCUGUUUGCGCUGUGACAGAUACCCUUUGCGUCUGAUGAAUCGAUGAUGCGUAAAGCUGGAGACGUGUGCAGAGGAGUGCGUAUCUUAGCAACAAGAUGUCGGGUUCUGCUGGCGCGCAGGCAACCAGAGGUGGUCCCGUGUUUUUCUUUGACCAGCCAACAAGGCAAAAUCGGAUUAAAGGCAACAUUUUAAAUUUCAUGAUAAGAAGUGCGGGACCACAGCCGGAAGACGCCCCACUGAGUCAGCAAGAGGAGGGCCAAAAAGGUGAAAGUAACAGUUUUAGCAACCAGAACCCCUCAGGUAUAGCCUGUGAGGAUGAAAAACGUGAUCCUUCAUCAUCAUCAUCGUCUGUCAGCGCCGCGCCAAAGGAUCAGAUGGACGCCUACAGGCGAGCAGCCCCUCAUUUAUUAAACGACUUGGCUCAUCUACUUUCGCAGCAUAAGUGGUCGGAGGAAGACCGCAUCCCCCGCGGCAUUGUCAAUAUCCUGGAUUACUCCUGGCACGAUCUGACUGCAGGGGCGGCGCUCCGCUUGAGGAGGCCAGCGGCGAUGACAGAGAACCAGAGGAGGCCCAAAGAAUCCCCGGAGACGCAGAAAACACCCCGGCGGGGCUCUGACGGCGCCAAGGAGGAAACAGGAGAGAGGACCUCUGACGUGGAGAGAAAUGCUGGUUCAUUUCUCACAAAAGAUAAAGCAAAUCAGAGUGAAAGAAAGAAAAAAAGAAGCUCAAAAGGAGCCGUCAGGAUCUCCAUCUCAGUCUGGAGCUGCGAGGAUGCAGGUGGGAUCGCUCAGCCAGAGCAGCACCGCUGUGACGAGCCUGAGAUAAUGAGAGUGAACCGGUGGGUGGCGGAGCGACUGAGGGCGGCCCGAAACCCACAAAAUCUGCCUCCACCUGAGCAAGAUCCGAGUACAGCUCCUAUUCUCCGUCAUUAUGGUGAUGGAAGAGGUGAGCUUACUAAUGACAGAAGAAGAAGAAGGACGGCAGUUGCCCCUCUGGUUGACGUUUUGCCCCAGAUACCAGAAGUGAAGCUGCCGAAUCCGGUCCAGAGGAAGCUGCACUACAGAAUAAACGAUGGCUCCUCGUUUAUUUACUACCCGUCCGGCUGCAUGGCGGUGUGCCAGAGUCGCUCCGGUCUGCCUCACGGAGGUUUCUACACCAACGUGUUCGGCGACGGCCAGCGUCCCACCGUUCUUCUGACCAUCACGGCGUUUGGACGCGGGACAGUCACAGACACCGUCAGCUCCACCAUCUCGGCCGUGUGGGAUCAGGACGGAGGAUUCAGGUUCGACGAUUACGGAAACACAACAGAGGAGUGGAGCUGGCCGACAUAUCGCCCACUGAGGAGAAAUAUUACGAUGCAGGUCUCAGAGGAGAUCUCAGUGAAGCUGUGCAGUGGGAAGUCUGGUGUGCUCAGCUUCAGAUGCGAAGAGGAGAGUGUUCACCUUCCUCUUCGUUUUGUCACUAAUAAAAGCCAGAGGAAGAAAAUGCCCUGUUUGCAGACGGAGAACAAAUUCAGCUCAGGUGCUGCUCAGGAGCUUCGUCUGCUAAAGAAGCAAAAAAGUCCCGCUGGCGUCUCAGAGAGCAAAAUGGGCCUGAGGAAAACACCUGUGGUCAGAGAGGAGGAGAAGCGGGUGAAGCCGUCUGCUCUGUGGAGAAGACGAAGAAACGCCAUGCUGGAGCUGCAGAGGCUUCAGCAGAGAGUACGGGAUGCUGCGGAGGGCUGGUUGGAUUAUUAUCGUGUUGCUAUCGGUAUCAAGUGUCCUGACGCGGAGCGACUGCCAGGGGCCCGGCCACGGGCCCGGCCGAGACGAGCGCCGCAGUCGGCUGCUCUACCCUCCCCGAAGUCACCUGAACGUGCAGCGGCUGCGCGGCGGCGUUCUGGGAGAGGCAGGAGGGAUGAGCUCACAGAGAGUUACGGGCGCCGCUCAGCAUCAGCAGAGAAACAUCAGGACCGCCUCGUCCAGAUGCAGAGGAGACCUAAGGAAAGCAGAAAGGAGCCUCCUGUCACACAAAUCGGACCCCUUCGAAUCCAUGGCAACGUCGAACCAGGGUCAGUGACUCUCUCUUGCAGCCUCGAGCCUGACACUGCCCUUGCUAGCUGUGGUCCUGCAAACGGGGGGCCCGCCGCUCCCUCCGUCCCUCUCGCUACGUGCCCCGCUCUGCUGAGAGCUGCCCUGCGGGGGGAGGAGCGGCGGAGGAGGUGCUGCUGCAGUGCAACACUGAUGCCAGUGGUCACCGACCUGGAGUAUGAUGCUUUCGUUAUGGGCCAACCUCUCGACAGCAAACAGAUGCUGGUGAUGUGUGUCACCACACCUCAGCAGCCGCUUAACACACACACAGCAGGCAGGUGGGCUGAUGUGGAGGAUCUCUACAGGAGGAGGAACGCGCAGAGGACCAUGCCAUGCACCCAGUGCCAGACGGACUCCUUUCGCCUGGUCAGGUACGAGAUGUCAGACGGGAUGGCGGGCCGUGGACCGGAGAACGUUCUGCUGCAGCAGCGACACGGUGCCGCUCCUGGGAUGUUCCUGAUGUACCUCAAGGGGAAGCUGCUGUUUCUGGGCUACAUCGGCAGAGGUGACAGCUGCUCAGCUGUGGAUCUUCAAAGGGAAAUCUGCAGGACCAGGAGAGACUCUAGACUGGGUUUGAGUCUCCCUGCGGACCACAAGUUCAGUGAUGUGGUAAAAACUCCUGCAGCCAAAGAAGCAUAGAUUGUGUCAGAACAGCAGGAUGUGACUCCAAGACGGCUGUUUCUGAGGAAGAAGGAAGAAGGAACUUUGCAACAUACAUGAUUUCAUCUACUGCUCAUUUCUGCUAAUGAAUGUCACUAAUUGGACAUGUUACGCAAAUAUUCCCUCCAAAACUCUCUAUUUUGGUUUUUGCUAAUGCUGAUUUAAAAGUGCUUUCCAAGAUAUUUCUGUACUUUAGAGUAAAACAUGAUUACAUUAGUUCUGCUGGGUUCUGACUGCUUCAUUUUACUCAAGAAACAGCAGCGAUACUAAAUAGUAGAAUUAUUCAAAUAAAGGUAAAAACUCUGGUUUAGUAAAUCCAUCUGUCCAUCCAUUUUCUUCCACUUAUCCGGUGGUGGUGUAGUGAAACUAAACCUAAAAGUAUGUUUAUUCCUAACAGGUACACAAACAAAAGUAACUAUAGU